CGGGACCCUUUCUGGCCUUCAAUCCGAGCACUGCCACUCCGUAGAUGCAUGGCAGCGAUCAUGUCGACUAACAGAGUUGCAGUCGUCCGACCCCGCCCAUGAGCAACAAGCAAUCCUCCUGCGGCCAACGUCCGCUCCUUCGACCACGCUCAUCCCUACCAUGUCCUCGAACAUUCGCGUAUUCGUGCAAUGGAAAGAACCCACCGUGUUCGCUGGCGAAGACAUCGAAUGUACAAUCAUCUUCAAGAACAUAACCCCUCCUAAUGGCCCAGAACGGUCUCCUGUCCGAUCCUCAAAACUCAAUGGCUUCCCCUCUAGUGGGGACAGGCAACGCAAGCUACCCCCUGUGCAUUCCUCGACCACCCGGCCCUCCAUCUCCCAUAAUUCCUCUUUCGGGUCUCAAAUGUCGCCUCCACAUCUUCGCGGACACAGACCGGCAUUGUCCUUGCAUACUCCUUCGACUGCAGCGGACCGCCGUUCACCAGUUCAACCCAGCGGAACAGUCAAUGGGAGCGUGGCACCCAGACACAAACAUGGAAGGUCACUGUCGAUAAUAUCUAUUGGGACUGAUCCAGCUACUGAAGUCAACUACGAUCGGGGCGCUGCCUCGAGGCGGCCAAUUCGAGGCCAUGGCAGGUCAGCAAGCCUCCAAGUCAUGCCAGGUCGGCCAAGCCCCUUUGCAGUUGGUUCUCCCGGCCACCGCUCCGCAACCCAUCAUUCCCCUCUUAUGGGCGGCGCUUCCUCCCCUCCUAUAAUCCACGAGCCCACAAAUGAAUUCCCACUACCCAUGCGACCGCCUCGCAGAGCAACUGGUAUUUCCACCGCUCCGAAUACCUCUACGCUUCCAAGUUCACCAAGGAAAGCAUCAGGCUCUAUUUCACAUAAUUUCAAAUUUCCUGCAGCGCCUCCACCGAACAUUCCCUCCCCGGAUCCCACCAGCAGCAUCGAUGUCACAAGCAGUCCACGGGUACGGACCCCACAGCUCCGCGGCAGCUCUCCCAGGCCUCCCGAAGAACCUCCACCGAACCCAACCUUGGAGAAUCUCUCCCCGGUCGCUCGAAUACUGUCUGGGUCAAGCUUGAACGGAACUCCAAGAAGCAGCGGAGAGUUUUACUCCAUGAGCAACAAUUCGAGCGAAACUUUGGCGUCCGAAUAUGUCGCGCAGCCUACCGCACGUCUCCUUCCCCGAGCCAUUCAUCAACGACAUAGUUCCCAAUUGGCUCCCCCGAAUCCAAAGAAAUACCCUGAAACACUUAUGAUGGGAUACGCGCAGGUGAUGGGAUCUUUCACCCUGGAUGGUUCUCUCAUCAACCAAGCGCCCUUUGAGGAAGUGAAACGGAAAGGAGUCGUGGGAGGGCAAGGAGGUGGUGGCGUGGUCGGAGUCGAGAGGACGAAACGAGAUAGUGGCCUCUUUGGGGCGCUUGGCUGGGGCAAUAUUGGCGAAUCAUUGGGCGGAUUGCUUGGCGCCUCCGAACCAUCAAGCAUACGAGAGAUGAGGGGAAUCGCCAGUUCAAAGACCGUUCCGCUAAUAACUACACCACAGUCCAUUCUAUUUGUCGACCUGCGGUUGGCCCCGGGGGAGAGUCGGAGUUACACCUACAGCUUUACAUUGCCUCGAGGUCUGCCCCCAACACAUAAAGGACGGUCUAUGAAAGUCGCUUACCAUUUAACAAUCGGUACGCAACGACCAGGUUCCUCAAGAGAUCAGCAGGUAAAGCAUGUCGACAUCCCUUUCCGCGUCUUCGGUAGUGUGAACAGCCAAGGGGAGAUACUCGGACAUGACCUGAUGUCUCCAUACAUCAUCCUUCGUGACCAAGCCCGAACAUCGACUAUAGAACCAGAUAGGAGCAUAUCUAACGGAUCUACUGCAAAGAAACCCGCUACCGUACCGAGCUCUAAUGAUUCGGCCUUCAAAGACUUUGUCGACUACGUAGACAACCUGCUCGACAAGCCUCGCUAUAACUCUAGCCUAGGGCUCCUGUCCCCGACAGACACUAUUCAUGGACGCCGUUCAAUAGCCGAAGAACCUCAUAAUAUGAAGGAAGCGAUCGACCUCGCUAUUCUUCGCAGUAACUUGACUAGCGCCGCAAAUCAAAGCGCAAACCGAUUUGAGAUUGCACGCAGCGGACGGCGCGUUGCUGUCAUAAUGCUUGCUCGUCCAGCUUACCGGUUAGGGGAGACUAUUUCAGCCAUGAUCGAUUUUACGAACUCUCAUAUACCCUGUUACUCUGUUCAUGUCGCUCUGGAAACAUCGGAAAAGGUAGAUCCGGCUAUAGCACUUCGGUCGAAUGCAUCUAUAUACCGAGUCACGCGGAAGGUGCAUACAUCGUUCUCCGAGAACGCGCUUUUCGCCCAGCGCCUUUCAUUUUCUCCUACGAUUCCCCCAAAUAGCACCCCGGAAUUUAUUACCAGCGGGGUCAGCUUGGAGUGGAAGCUCCGAAUUCAGUUCAUCACACCGAGGCUCACGCACGAGGACGGUGAGGAAGCUUUCUGGGAUGAGUUGUUGGAAGAGAUAUCAAGUGAUGACCGUGGAAUCAUAUUAGCCGCAGCAGAAAGGCUACCAGCUGAGAGCUUCGAGGUACAAGUCCCAGUGAGGGUUUACGGAGCUGUAAGUGGAGCAUCCGAGAACACGGAUGAAGAAGGUCUUGCUGUAUAAAGACAGCGUUGUACCAUCGCCUUUCGAUUUGAACAGGGUUUGGGAAUAAGACUUCUUAGGGAUUGGGAAAGUGGGCUUGGCAUGAAGCGAAUCUUUCUUGUAGAAUACCAGGUUAUGAGAUCGGAAGUCUCCUUCAUAAUAGCUUGGAUUGGGACUCGUUGUGUAUUUGUGUAUUCGGCAAAAAGGAAACCCUGUGACCAGCAAUGAAAUCUUGGAAAGGGUAAUAGAAUAGGAAAGAACUGUUUGACUCCUCGUUUC